AUGUAUCGUGACACUGAUGAUGGAAAGAAGGUUUGCACCUACUACAACUUGGUUUCUUUACCCGCAGUUCUCAUUAUUGAUCCAAUCACUGGACAAAAGAUGCAUGCAUGGAGUGGCAUGAUACAAGCAGAGCAAUUCUUAGAGCUGAAAGCAAUUUUGAUAUAUGUGGCAGUUAGAGAAGGCUCAAAGAAGAGAAUAAUUUCCAACAAUAAUGAAAUCGAUACUAAGAAAGAUGAAGAAAGCAGCUCAAGUUCCAGUGAUUGCAAAACCUGUACUGAGAAAGACAAUAGCUCAAAUGAACAGUUCACUUAUCCGAUUCUUGUUGAAGAACCUGAACCUGAAGGAGAUAGAAAACAACUGUGCAGAGUUGGGAUUUGCCUCCCUGAUGGACGAAGACUCCAGAGAAAUUUUCAUCAUUCUGAUCCAGUGAAGUUAUUGUGGUCUUUCUGCUGCACUCAAUUCGACAAAGGGAAAACACGGCCAUUUUG